CGUCAGAACCUAUCCACAGUGAUCAUUCGUGAUUUGCACGUCAAGCAAACAGUAGUUUGUGUAGUAACACAAGAUAAGUGCUCGGAGUAAAAAUGAAUUCCGUGUGGAAGCCGUACUCUGAAGUGGAAGACCAGGCCCUUGACCUGUCGCGGCCUGCAGUGAAGCUGGAGAGAGAGUCUCCAAUACCGGCGCAGAGUCCUCCUGUGGUACCCAUACAUGACGCGUACCCGAUGUACAUCGGGUAUCCAGAUACAAUCUAUCCAGGAGCUGGCUACUGCAGUUACAACGCAGGCUUCGAACCGGCACCUUACGCCGAGUCAACAAUUUCUCCAGUAUCAGGCCACUCUAACGACCUGUUACUAUCCACAACUGGAGACGACGACAGCGGAUCUUUAUCAGACGAUAGAGAAUACCAAAUUUUCGAAGAGGAUGCCAUGAGGGCUAUGGCCGCCAAAAAUGGCGGCUCACUGCUGGGGCACAAUCCCAGAAUGAAGCGGGCAGUACAGAGCAGCCAGUCCAUAGACGAUUCCUAUAAAAAGCAGAGGGAGCGGAACAAUAUCGCGGCGAAGGCGAGCCGCGACCGACGGAAGCUGCGGGAGAUGAAGCUCGCGCUGCAGACCACGUACUUGAAGAAGAAAGUUGCGGAGCUGCAAGCCAGACUGGCAGCCGGGCUGUGCAGGCGCUGCCGGCAGAGGUGCGACUGCUGACUGCUGACAGUGUGACUGUAGGACUUCAUAAGUGUGCAAUGUAUAAACUAAGUGAAUAUACAUGUUGGUGCCAGAGAUUGACAAUAAGACGUUACAUAGAUAACGUGUGUGUACAAAGUGGUGUUCGUGUAAAUAAAAUGGAGUUGUUGUUGGUUAGGUUAAGUUGGUUAUAGAAAUUGUAAAGUCUCAACUAAAAGUAAAGAAUGUGUGGAUCUAGUUUUCGUAGUAUAAUACGACUGUUUUGUGAAAUACGAGUAUAAUGAAUAAUGUUUGUGAUAAUAAUAAUAUUGUAAUGUAGUUUUGUUGACGAGAAUGAUUGGUUUUACAAUUU